GGACUAUGUGUUGGAACAUCAGGUCCUCACCACAAGCUCAGAGACGCAUGAUGUGGAGGUGUUCCAGGUACCUGGCAUUGGUCUGAUGGCUGCUAUGGCUCACCGCUCCACAGCUUCUGGUUCGGCACUGUACCUGUGGACCCGUAAAGGUUUCCAGCUCUACCAGAAUAUCACCACCCAGAAAGCAUUGGCCUGGAGACACUUCAGCGUGGGCAAGAGGACAUUUCUAGUGGUGUCAAAUUCUGAGGGAAGGCCAAAAGAGACAGACGUUUCUGUGAUUUACAAGUGGAGUAAGAGAAGAAAACAGUUUGUGCAUUUCCAGACUCUGCAGACCCACUGUGCACAGGACUGGGAGGCCUUUAAAAUCAAUAAACAAACCUAUCUUGCUGUUGCCAAUCAUAGACAAGGUAAUAAUAAUCACACUAUAGACAGUGUGAUAUACAAAUGGAACAUGUUAACAAAGUCUUUUGAGGUUUACCAAAUGCUGCCAACCACAGGGGCCUAUGACUGGGAGUUCUUCACAGUCGGACCGUACCAUUUCCUGGUGGUCGCAAAUGCGUUUGAUGGAGUGACCACAUCUGUAGACUCUGCCAUCUAUGUUUGGGUCAAUGGAAGCUUCCAGGUGUUCCAAACAAUUAAGACGUUCUGCGCCACAGACUGGGAAAUGUUUAAGAUUGGCAGCAGAGUCUUCUUGGUUGUUGCCAAUGGACACAGAUACCAAGGUAACGGACCUGGUCGAUAUGCCAUCAACUCUACAAUCUAUGAACUGGACAUGAAUGGACAGAUGUUUGUCCGCUUCCAGGAUAUCAUCACCUACAGUGCAGUGGACUGGGAGUUUUUUAGCCUUGGGGAGGAACAUUUCCUGGUUGUUGCUAAUUCUUUUAACGGAGAAUCUUACUCAACAGCAUUCUCUACAGGUGGCAGGGAUAUGAAGGCUUUGUUCCUGUUCAUUGGAUUCCAACCAUUGGGUGUAGUGACUGGGAAUUUGUUUAGCUCUAAAGGAGAAUCAUAUCUCAUCUACUCUAUAAGUCCUUAA